AUGUCAGCCAAUUCCGAUGAUCUCGAAUCAGGCCGCAGUCAAGAAACACGUUCCACUGCUACCGCCCCCUACGAGCCACCGCAAACUUCCCCCAGCAAAGCUAUCUUUCUCCAUCAAGCGGACCCAGCAGGAAAAGAGGCAACCUGGGCAUGCGCAGAGCGAACCGAGCUAUACAUGAAACAAGAACAGCUCUGCAACCUGACCCAUUCGCGUGCAGAAGAAUUUGAGGUUGAAUGGCAGUACCAAAAACUGAGCCCCAACCAGCGUGCUCAAGUCGACCGGCUCGUCCAAGACCGACGAGCAGAAUGUCCCGGGAUGAUAUGGAGCUACGUCUAUGCUAAAGAAAAUUCUUAUGCAAAAGUGACUCGAAACCCUCGUCCAGAUGAUUCCGAAACAACUUCCAUGGUGAUUAUUCUUAUGAGAAGACCCAUGGAACCAAAAAAGUACCCCAUAACGCACAUGGGAGUUUAUGUGGACAUCAGAGAGCUUCGUUACCGCCAUGAGGGCUCGAGGAAUCAUUCCAUAUCUCCCAGUGUAACGCCCCAGUGGAGGCAUUCAGGAAUAGGCCCGGCUGGAUAUUAUGGAGCCGAAGGGCCGCAUUCUGCCCCAAGGCCAGUGGGACGGUACCCGAGCCGGGGAUCGGAUUCCGGUCGAGUUGUGGCAUCGGUGUGCUCAGCUGGGCUUAACUCGGGUCUGCUGCCAGUAUAUGACGAGUAA